GCUGGAGCAGUGGAUCACUUGGGCAUUGAGUUCAUGGAGCGCAAGGAGGUGUACAAAAGACAAGUGAUGUCUAUCACAUGUAUUGCCAUGGGGAUCAGCUUUCUAGGCACCCUCUGCAUGGCUCUCUACUGUCGGAACAAGAGAAGAAGAGAAAAGCUCCAUGCACACUUGAAAGAGAGCCGUAGCCAGAAAAACUACAACCUCACCUCAUGCAGCCUGGCCCCUAAACCCAGCCUUAGGCCUCAGCAAGGCCUGCAGCUCCAGAAAUAUUAUAAACCCACAAGGUCCUCACCACCACAUGUUCGAGAGUCUAAUUUCGUUCAGAGCACUGCUGCUGCUACCAAUCCACAGGGCACAUUGACAGGAAAACACCCCAGGAGUGGUUCCCUCUCUCAUAGUCCAGAUCAGAGGAGUCAUUCUGCUUUUCGGCCUGCAUCUCGCAGAACACCACCCAUAACCAGAGGAUGUCUCAAUGCCAUUGGUGGAGCAAGAGAUUCUGGUCCUGCCUACCAACAUCUCCAGGAAGUAGACAGCUCAGAGAGGGAGUCAAUGAGAAGGAACAUUUCCAGCCCUGGCAAUUACCUACAUCAAGAUUCCUUUUACAAUAUGCAAGCCUCACAAUCCUCAAAAUCUUGGAGCAGCCAUUUAGACCACAGGUGCGCUAGGAGCCUCAGGUGUGGCGGCCCUAGCCAAAGUCCUCCUGCUCCUUACCGUCCCUGCUCUAUCCCAAUCAUCCCCUCUGUCCACUCCUACCAGGAUGAGGUCUCGUGUAUGCAAACCGCCCCUACUGAUGGAAGCAGCCGUUCUAGUCCUCUGGAAAGCACAGCCGAUGCUCCGGCUGUCAAUCAACAGUCCAGCGUAAUGGUCUCCAACCGAGUGGCUGGUAGACGGGAGGAAGUGGCCUCACUACUCGACGAGGCUCAGGAACAACUCAGAGCACUAGCACAUGCCCAGAGGAAACAGGAGGACAUCAGUAGCUCUGUCCCUCAGGGGGCCAAAGAGACUGUGUGCAUCCUUUUAGCAAAUGGGGGUGGACAAGGGGGAGUGGCCUCUUUUGGGCCCACGGAGACUCAGUUAGUGAGCCCCAGAGACAUGCACAAAGAUGCCACAAAGACUGGCCAAUGAGAAGCGGUUGACAGGACUAACCACAAAUGUCCCGUGUGUCUUGGGGCUUCAGAAUACUCUGCCAAAAUUGGGAUACCACUGCAAGCUACCAUUACAUUUCUGAGGACCUGCUGUGAGUAGAAGCGUGGGAGAGUGACAGUCUCGAACAUGUGAAAAGAUAAUUUAUUUAUAUGCAUUUAUUUAAGGAGAAACUUCUACUUAGAAAAAGAAACCAAAUAGUCUAUCAUCUCCAUGGUGUUUUUAACUGUAUAAAAUAU